CUCGUCGGUGUCCCGCGGGCCCCAUGGAGGAGGAGGAGGAGGAAGCGCGGGCGCUGCUGGCAGGCGGCCCGGACGAGGCGGGCGGAGGGGCGCUCGGCGCGCUGCCGGCCCUCUGCGACCCCAGCCGCCUGGCGCACCGGCUUCUGGUGCUGUUGCUGAUGUGCUUCCUAGGCUUCGGCAGCUAUUUUUGCUAUGAUAAUCCUGCUGCCCUUCAGACUCAGAUUAAAGGGGAUAUGCAGGUGAAUACCACGAAAUUCAUGCUGCUGUAUGCCUGGUAUUCUUGGCCCAAUGUAGUGUUGUGUUUCUUUGGUGGCUUUUUGAUAGACCGAGUAUUUGGAAUACGAUGGGGCACCAUUAUUUUUAGCUGCUUUGUUUGCAUUGGACAGGUUGUUUUUGCUCUGGGUGGAAUAUUUAAUGCUUUUUGGCUGAUGGAAUUUGGAAGGUUUGUGUUUGGGAUUGGUGGGGAGUCCUUAGCAGUUGCCCAGAAUACAUAUGCUGUGAGUUGGUUUAAAGGCAAAGAAUUAAACUUGGUGUUUGGACUCCAACUUAGCAUGGCUAGAAUUGGGAGUACAGUGAACAUGAACCUCAUGGGAUGGCUGUACUCUAAGGUUGAAGCUUUGUUGGGUUCUGCUGGUCACACAACCCUGGGGGUCACACUUCUAAUUGGGGGUAUAACAUGUAUUCUUUCACUAAUUUGUGCCUUGGUCCUUGCUUACUUGGAUCAGAGAGCAGAAAGAAUCCUUCAUAAAGAACAAGGAAAAACAGGUGAAGUUAUUAAGUUAACUGAUGUGAAGGACUUCUCCUUACCCCUGUGGCUCAUAUUUAUCAUCUGCGUCUGCUAUUACGUUGCCGUGUUCCCUUUCAUUGGACUCGGGAAAGUUUUCUUUAUAGAGAAAUUUGGAUUUUCUUCUGAGGCAGCAAGUGCGAUUAACAGUGUUGUGUAUGUCAUAUCAGCUCCCAUGUCCCCAGUAUUUGGGCUCCUGGUGGAUAAAACAGGAAAGAACAUUAUUUGGGUCCUGUGUGCAGUGGCAGCCACCCUUGCAUCCCACAUGAUGCUGGCCUUUACACUGUGGAACCCUUGGAUUGCUAUGUGUCUCCUAGGACUCUCUUAUUCAUUACUUGCCUGUGCAUUGUGGCCAAUGGUGGCAUUUGUAGUUCCUGAGCAUCAACUGGGAACUGCAUAUGGCUUCAUGCAGUCCAUUCAGAACCUUGGGUUGGCGAUUGUUUCCAUCAUUGCUGGCAUGAUAUUGGAUACUCGGGGAUAUUUGUUUUUAGAAGUUUUCUUCAUUGCCUGUGUUUCUUUGUCACUUUUAUCUGUGGUCUUACUCUAUUUGGUGAAUCGUGCCCAAGAUGGGAACCUAAAUUAUUCUGCAAGACAAAGGGAAGAAAUAAAAUUUUCCCAUACUGAAUGAGAAGUUUAAGUGACUGUGUCAUGAGAAUGGGCUGCACACAUCAUUGGUUUAAAAACCUCCAUUUUAAAAUUUUACUUAGAGUUUAGUCAUUAGGAAAAAUAAUGGUCUGCAAAGUUGUUACAUUUAUAUUUCAAAGGCACCUAUUUCAGAGUAUAUUUGUGAGGACUGUUUUAGCGUGUGUCUUUUGCAUUGUGUAUUGCUGAAGAAUUCUACUUUGGAACAGGCUACUCAACAGUGAAGUUUAGAAAAUUGCUCUGAAACAUGCAGGUAACUUCAGUAAGGACAGUAAAUAAAGACAGGAAAACAUUGGAUCUUGUACUGAAAUAGUUUUCACAGAGUGUAUCUAAGGGAUAUGGCCUUUUCUUUAUCUUAAAGCAAAAAGAAAAAGCUUUUGAGGGGGUAGAAGGGAUGUUUUGUACAGAAUAAACUGUGGUGUUUUAAUAGGCAUUCCUUUUUGUAGUAGGGAGUAUUUGAAAGAUAUUUUUACAGAAUCUCUUCAUUUUCACAAAUAGCUGAUGGUGUUCUGCUCCUCUGAGUUCUGAGAGGUUGCUGGGCGGUGACCCUUUUGAGUUGCUUUCUCUUUCUGGUACUGAGGACCCUCAUCACUUAGGGAUGUAAUUUUAUGGUACAAACUUUCUGUACAGUUUUUUCUUAUAGUCUAAUUAAUUACAAAAAAAGUGCUUUAAAUUAUGAUAAUUGCAUAUCUGCAUGGAUAAAUAAAAACACUGUAAAAGGAAUACUUGUCUUCUACCUUUUGAUUUUUAAAAAAUAUUAAAACACUGAUUUUAACUCUUA